CUGACAAAAAUGGCAUCAGUUUUGUUCUCAUGUACGUUUAAUAUCAACUAUAAUCGUUUUGUUUUUUCAGCUGGAACAAUCUACAAACGCUGGGGUGGAACUGAAUGCAAUACCAAUGGCACAGAACAUGUGUAUAUAGAGAAACUGGAAUGGGAUAAUUACGAUGAUAAAGAGAAAUGCGAUAGUGCCUUGGUGUAUGGUGGAGAGUACCAAAUUGACAACAGGCAAAUAUUUUUUGACCACGCAGAUGUCACUAACAUAUUUCAGCAAGAUAUUUCGUGUGCAGUAUGCAAGACUGAGCGAUCAUCUUUGAUGAUGAUUCCGGCGAAGAGAAAUUGCUUCAACGGAUGGACAAAGGAAUUUGAAGGUAAUUUAGCGGCGGGAUCGACAACAGCAAGUGUGCCUUCAGAACACGUAUGCUUGGAUGUAAAGCCGGAUAUACUCUUCGGUGGAGAGAAGAAUAAAAACGGGAAGUUGUUCUACAUCGUCGAAGCGAUAUGCGGCUGCCGUUGUUCGCCAUACGCCAAUGGCCGUGAGCUAAUGUGCUUGGUUUGUACUUCAUAGAAACGCUAGAAAUUGUGUUGUUUCAUUUUAAAUAGUAUAUGUGUACCGAGUUUGUGGAAUUUUGUGUAGUUCAAUGUAUCCGGUUUGUGAUUGUAUGCUUUUGUAUUCUAGGUCUUAGGCGUUAAUGAAUACUUUGAUAAGAUUACCAUUUACGUUUUUACUUUAUUAAGUUAAUUAACAUUUUACUGACCGUUCCAAGGCGGUACCUAACAAUUCUUGAUAAACACAUAUAUAUAUAUAUAUAUACGUAUGUAUUCACUGUGCUGUUUGUGGAGUUUUGUGCUGUUCUUCUAUGGUUUUUGUCUGUGAUUUUGUGUUUUAUGUCUUUGGCGUUUGCCCAGUGCCACUAAACCGGGUUUAUGUUUAAACAUUUUGCUACUGAGCUUGUUUCUGUAGCUCUUUGCAUAAAUAUUAAUUGUAUGAUGUUUUUAUUUUAACGAGGCUUUUUCCAUCUUCGUGUGAAUUUUGGUAUUGUGGUGACAGAACAAUAUGAUGAGGCUUAUUUUCUUAAUUUUGCAAUUAUUGCUAGUUUUUGGACAAGUGUGAGGUAAUGUGUGUCAAAAUUUGUUAACAUCCAUUUAAAACGUGUGUUUAAAUGAACUCUUGUUCUACUUAUCAUUUAAAUGCGGUUAUCCCGCGAGUUAAUGAUAAAGCUCUUUUGAUGGUGUGUAGUCUGUUCGUGGUGAUUGUACAUACUUUGUGUUCAUUUCGUUUAGUGUCGUUACACAGAACAACACUUACAUUGUGCCUCUAAGCCUGAUUAAUUUAGCAAUGUUUCACUAUUGACCUUGUCCCUAUACAUUGUAUUACUAAUCCUAAAUUUUAGAUUAAAGCAAGAG